CUGUCAAUUGUUAAAGUAUAUCUUUGGUUAUGUAUUUUUUUUAAAUUGAGGAAAAAUCUUUGAAUUAAAAACCUUAAUUAUUGAAAGCAUCUUUAUGUUUAUAUAUAAUGCUGUCGCCAAUGCAAUUAUCGAAAAAGAUUCAAGGGAAUGAUUCUUCGCAAAGAAUUAAUUAUCUCUACCAAAUAAGUAAAAAAGUAGUAGAAAAGAAUCCAGUAUUGUCUGCGUACUACGGGAAUCUUGCAGUUAGUGUAGCAAAGAAAAAUGUAUUAAAAAUACAUCCAGACAUUAAGAGGCAAUUAUGUAAGAAGUGUCGCUGUAUGCUCAUAGACAAAAAAUCAGCUAAAGUCAAGAUCAAAAACAAAAAGAAAACAAAAUACAUUCAGGUGACUUGCAAUACUUGUAAGAUGACCAAAUAUUUUCCAGCCAAUAAAGGGAAUAAUCAUAGACUAUGGCUUGAGAAUCCUGAAGCUAUUGUGGAAAUUGUAAAUUGACUUUAUUUGUCUCUUUGGAAGUUUAUUUGAAUAUUAUUGUCAUCUACCUGAACUGCGAGAACUGUUGGAAGAACUAUUUGAGAAUAAUUUUAUCUUUGUUUCAAUCAAUCAAUCAUAAACCUAAAGUUCUCGGUUCUUAGCCUUCCGCAUCCAGUUGGGUCUCAUCUCGUAGGUCCACUUGUUUGGAGGGCAUAAAUAAAUGGAGCUGAAUCUAUUUCUGUAAAACAUAGUCAAAGUUUGUACACUACAUAUGUAUAAUAAUUGCAUUAUUUUUAAAUGCUCUUAAAAAUCAGUUAUUUUUGUCAUUUUUGCCAUUUGUUUGAUUAAUCAAUAAAGUUUUCUUUUAUCUGUGUUAUA